GGAUCCGAACAUGGCGGCGGUGGUAGCUGCUACGGCGCUGAAGGGCCGGGGGGCGAGAAAUGCCCGCGUCCUCCGGGGAAUUCUCUCAGGAGCCACAGCUAACAAGGCCUCCCAGAACAGGACCCGGGCACUACAAAGCCACAGCUCCCCAGAGUGCAAGGAGGAGCCGGAGUCCCUUUCCCCGGAGCUGGAAUACAUUCCCAGAAAGAGGGGCAAGAACCCCAUGAAAGCUGUGGGACUCGCCUGGUACAGUCUGUACACCCGCACCUGGCUGGGGUACCUCUUCUAUCGGCAGCAGCUGCGCAGGGCUCGGAAUCGCUACCCUAAAGGCCACUCCAGAACCCAGCCCCGCCUCUUCAACGGAGUGAAGGUGCUUCCCAUCCCCGUCCUCUCAGACAACUACAGCUACCUCAUCAUCGACACCCAGGCCCGGCUGGCUGUGGCUGUGGACCCCUCAGACCCUCAGGCCGUACAGGCUUCCAUUGAAAAGGAGGGCGUUAAUUUGGUUGCCAUCCUCUGCACCCACAAGCACUGGGACCACAGUGGAGGGAACCGUGACCUCAGCCGGCGGCACCAGGACUGUCGGGUGUACGGGAGCCCUCAGGAUGGCAUCCCCUACCUCACCCACCCCCUGUGUCAUCAAGAUGUGGUUAGCGUGGGACGACUUCAGAUCCGGGCUCUGGCUACCCCAGGCCACACGCAAGGCCAUCUGGUCUACCUGCUGGAUGGGGAGCCCUACAAGGGUCCCUCCUGUCUCUUCUCAGGGGACCUACUCUUCCUUUCUGGCUGUGGACGGACCUUUGAGGGCACCGCAGAGACCAUGCUGAGCUCCCUGGACACGGUGCUGGGGCUAGGGGAUGACACUCUGCUGUGGCCUGGUCAUGAGUAUGCAGAAGAGAACCUGGGCUUCGCAGGUGUGGUGGAGCCUGAGAACCUGGCCCGAGAGAGGAAGAUGCAGUGGGUCCAGAGGCAGCGAAUGGAGCGCAAGAGCACGUGCCCAUCCACGCUGGGAGAGGAGCGCUCCUACAAUCCGUUCCUGAGGACCCACUGCCUGGUGCUGCAGGAGGCUCUGGGGCCAGGCCCGGGCCCCACCCGGGACGAUGACUACUCCCGGGCCCAGCUCCUGGAGAAGCUCCGCCAGCUGAAGGACCUGCACAAGAGCAAGUGACAGCCCCCCGCCCACCCCAGCCCAUCCCCCAUGGAGGGGAGUCCACCCACCGCCCGCACCAUGCCAUCCCCCUCAUUGCUGCCACCACCACCUCCAUCGGCACCCACGGGGGGCCUCAGGGUCCAGCACUGUCACGGGAGGAGGGACAAGGGGACGAGGUCAUGAGACCGAAAGGACAGAGGCUGGUUGAAGGCUUGGAGACCCCACAGGGGGAGGCGGAGUUAUGCAGGGCAAGAGGAAAGGGGGAGCCUUGGGACCUCUCCAGACCCUGCUGGGAGGGGUCCUCCUCCCUGGCCCCACUCCUGCCCCUGUCAAGGACGUGGAGAGUGCUGGUCGCCCCUCCCUCAGUAGGGCCUCACUCUCACCAAGGGCAGCAGGAGCCAGGAGCAGGUUGAGUCCUCUUCCCCCUUCUCCCUUCCUGGCUUGGGAAAGACACUCAGGCCCCCAAAGUAGCCAGAGGUGUGGUGCCUUGGAAAAGCGGUCACUCGGAGGGGCAGCUGGGCUCCUGUGCCCUGAGACACUGGCCCUCCUCCCCAAGCCUCCCCCCUGCCCGCCCCCUUGUCCCCCACCCAUGAAGGCAUUUUUCAAACAGAGCCAUUUCUGGGAAAGUUGAAAGGGCUGGACGUCUGCAUGUCUGGACAAUCUCAGCCUCAGUGACCCCCCUGCAGCCUGGAAGGGGGAGGGUCCUGGUUGCCCCUGACACCGCGCCUUCAGGCUGAGGAGACAGGGAAUGCUGGACCGCAGCCUCGCAGGCUCCCUGUGCAGCUGGCCUCUGCCCUUGCCUGGGGCCCAAAGGACUCUGCUUCCCAGGGGCAAGAGCCAUCAUGUACCCCGCCGCGUCAGUUUUCUCCUCAUGGCCCUUGUUCUUAGGAACUUCUGCCUUGUUCUCACUCCUGCUUUACCCUCCUCAGUCCCUCUCCUCUUUUAGUUAUAAAGCCCUUCCUCUGGCCCUCUAAAGUUUGCCAAGAACCUCCUCACGUCAUUUUUCAUUUGAUCCUUGAUCCCAUCCUGGCCGGGGAAGGGGGUCCACUUCAGGGGUUCCACAGAGUGCAGAAAUCAAGCCUGGGAGCAGAGAGCCAUCCGCUCUCCACCGAGUGUCAGCCUCCAGGACCCCAGGAUUUCUGAGGUCCUCGAGGAAGCGCACCUCGGGAGCCUUUGCUUCCUGUGUUCAAGCUUUCCCUCAGGCUAUGCUCGCCUCUAGUGAGCUUCUGAGAUGUCCCCUGCCCUCGAUUUCCCCUCAUCAUCCCGCCUCUGCCUCUCUCUCCAGCCAUAGUGUCUGGUACCAACUCUAGCAAUACCACCAGAAUACAGUCCCCACCCCCCCAACAGACACGCAGUUUCAUGCCGCUGUGCCUUUGCUCAUGCUGUUCCUUCAGAAUGGAAUGCCUUUCCCCUGCUCCUCCAGCCUUAUCUGCCUGGCAAACACCCAUUCAUCUCUCACAAUGCCCCUCAAAGGCCCCCUCCUCCAGGAAAACAACCCCCAUGCUCCUCACCCUCAAGGCUACCUCUGCUCUUUGUAAAUGCUUCUCUCGUGGCACUUCUCACAUUGUAUUUUACUUGUUUACAUGUUUGUCUCCCCUUCUAGACUGUGAACCCUUCAGGGCAUGGACUGUAUCUUAUGCAUCUCUGUAAUUCUGCGCCUAGCACGGUGCCUGGCACACAGGAGGCGCUCAAUAAAUCUUGAAUGA